AUGGAUUUUGGACAGAAAGUUGCUGUUUUGUUUGUGUUAGCUUUUGUUCCAACACUGUCAUCUGUCGCAGGUGGUCGCCAUUGGUAUAGUGUGAAGGGAUUGAGUUCCCCGGAAAAUGAUAAUGAUCUCGUUAUCGACUUGCCAGGCCAACCGGUCGUGAAUUUCCGGCAUUAUGCUGGCUAUGUCAAUGUGAAUGAAACGAAUGGGAGAGCACUUUUUUAUUGGUUCUAUGAGGCUAUGUCUCACCCUGACGAAAAACCAUUGGUUCUGUGGCUUAAUGGAGGUCCUGGGUGCUCCUCCGUGGGAUAUGGUGCAACUCAAGAGAUUGGUCCUUUCUUAGUGGACACUGAUGGGCGUGGAAUCAUAUUUAACAACUUCUCAUGGAAUCAAGAAGCAAAUAUGUUAUUCCUGGAAUCCCCUGUUGGAGUUGGAUUUUCAUACUCAAAUACUUCUACUGAUUACAAUGUCAUAGGAGAUGGGUUUACCGCAAAUGACGCUUACACUUUCCUCCAUAAGUGGUUCCUCGAGUUUCCCUCAUACAGAACAAGAACCUUCUAUAUUGCUGGGGAAAGCUAUGCAGGCAAAUAUGUACCAGAGCUGGCUGAGGUCAUUUAUGACAACAACAAGGAUCCUUCACUUUAUAUUGAUCUCAAGGGUAUUUUGCUGGGGAACCCAGAAACAAAUGAUGCUGAGGACUGGAGAGGCAUAGUGGAUUAUGCAUGGAGUCAUGCUGUGAUAUCAGAUGAAACUCACAAAAUCAUCAGGGAAAGCUGUGAUUUCAAGAGCAAUGACACAUGGAGCAAUAAAACUUGUAGCCAAAGUGUGGAUGAAGUGUUUAAACAGUACAAGGAGAUCGAUAUAUACAGCCUAUACACACCGGUGUGCAUUGCAGACACUGCUGCUAAAGAUGACUCAUCAAUGUACCAAGUCAUGUUGAAACGAACAUCGUCUAAUAUGAUCCCAAGGGUAUUGGGGGGCUUUGAUCCUUGCCUUGAUGAUUAUGCAAAAGCUUUCUACAAUAGACCGGAUGUUCAAAAGGCUCUCCAUGUUAGCGAUGGACACCAUCUCAGGAACUGGAGCAUCUGCAACAUGAAGCUAUUUCAUAAUUGGACAGAUUCAAAACCAUCAGUGCUUCCCAUUUACAAAAAACUUAUUGCUGCAGGAAUUAGAAUUUGGGUCUACAGUGGAGACACGGAUGGAAGAGUUCCUGUUUUGUCCACCCGUUACUGCAUAGAUACGUUGGGAUUGCCUAUAAUCAAGGCAUGGACACCAUGGUACCAUCAAAAACAGGUAAGCGGCUGGUUCCAAGAGUACAAAGGACUAACGUUUGCAACAUUUAGAGGAGCAGGACAUGCAGUGCCUUGCUUCAAACCAGGCAGUUCACUGGCCUUCUUCUCAGCUUUUCUCCUUGGCGAAUCCCCACCUUCCACUCGUUGAAGUUCCUUGAUUUUGGUCUUAUAAUCUACUAUGUAUGAGCAGUGUUGCAUGGGAGAUGAGUUAAACCCUGAAGUACUAUUUGAAUAAAU